AUGAACAGGACACGGAUUAUUCUGCUCAAUCUGCUUAUCAUUACUACCUAUUUUGCGCACCUUAUCUCUUACGCUUUCAUUCUGUUUUCUGUCGCCUUGCUGGCACUGUUCCAUUUUAGACGGAACUUCAAGCAGAUCCUGAUUACAGGAUGUUACCUGCUACCUGCAGCUGUACUCAUUCUUGUCUACCUUCCUACCUCUGAUCUCCUCGCAGGAGAACCUCCCGAAUUUGGAAUUGGACGGAUUGGAGAACUGUUCAAUAACUUAAUCGGUAUGCACGUGCUUGUUGCCUACACCGAUCCUCCGAAUUGGAUUUCCGGUGCGGUCUCUGUCCUCUUGCUCUUUCUUGCUGCUGUAACAAUCUGGCAAAAUAGGAGAGAUACUGAAGAAAGGCACCUUGGACAGAGGGCAUUUCUCUGCCUUGCGUGUGUGCUUUUCGGGCUCUAUUUUAUCUUGCCAAACUCUAUAGGUCCCGGUGGCUGGGUUAAUGACAGACUCGCUAUUUUGGCUGUCCUCGCUAUGUUUGCAUGGUUCCGUGUUCUUGAACCUCUUCCAUGGAGACGCGUAUUCACAGCGAUAGUCAUACUUCUCGCGCUCCUUAACAUCCUCUAUGUUGGCAUUCUCUUCAAAAAUCUCAACGCUGAGAUACGCGAGUUUACCACUUUUGUACAGCGGGUUGAUAAGAAUAGUGUUAUCCUCCCACUUCACUUUGAUCCGAGAGGUAGCUCCAAGCGUGUAGGCAUCUUUGUCAACGCUGCCAAUUACUACUGCCUUGACAAUGGAGGCAUCAACCUCGGCAACUAUGAAAUACAGUUCGACUACUUUCCAAUCCGAUUCAACGCCGAUUUUGAGACCCCAUUGGAAGAGAAGGAGUGGGUGCAGAUCGUGCACUGGCAGCCCGAAAAGAUUGACCUCUGCGAUUAUGCUGACAAUGUAGAUUAUCUAUUGCUGUGGGGCACCCCAGACGAGCCUAUUGUCGCCGAGGCAAUUGAGGCGUGUUAUACGUUGGUGGCAUCUCAGGGGAAGUUGAAGCUUUUUAAGGGGAAGCGGUAG